AUGUCGGAUCCAGAUGACAAGACUGUGGUAAUCGCCAGCAUUGCUUUGACUGCUGUUUCUUUUGUUUUCAUCUCAUUGCGACUCUAUACUCGAUUCUUCGUUGCCCGCGAUGCCGGUGUUGCAGAGGCUUUCAUCGCCAUUGCGAUGGGAUCCAAUGUCUCAAUGUGUGUUCUAAUUGUGAAAGUCUCGAUACUCAGCUUCGAGAAUGAUCGAACAUAUAAUCUUGAUAGAACAAGGAUACUGAAGCUCCUAUGGGCUGGUAUCAUAAGCUACAACCUCGGUGUUGGAACUGUUAAGAUCUCAAUCCUCUUACAAUACCUACGAAUAUUCGCAACUACUUCUUUCCGCAUCAUCUCGUGGUUGAUUCUUGUAAUCACAAGUACAUUUAUAUUCUGGUCCGUGUUCAGCACGAUCUUCAAUUGCCACCCAAUUACCGACUUCUGGAGAGAAGUUCCUCCUGCCGGUGCAUGUCUGAAUACAUCAGAGGUGUGGCUCGCGAACUCGAUCGUCAACCUAGCUCUCAACCUCACCAUCCUGAUUUUGCCAAUUACAGACUUCUUCAGGAUGAGAACACUGAAACGACAAAAGGCAUUACUUAUGCUCCUGUUCGGGCUUGGCCUCUCUAUAAUCAUAAUAUCAGCCGUCCGCCUGCACUACACUCUCUCCACCACACGCGCGACCCUGAACACAAAUACGACCCUCCCUUUGACAUCCACACUUGAACUCUCCCUCGGCAUAAUCCUUUCCUCCACACUCUCCCUACGCUCCCUCACAAUCCGUUUCUUUCCUGAUCUUUUCGGCCCACCAUCCUGCCCCAGCCCCGUGCCCUCGCACAUCUCAAACUACCUAUCCCAUUUCCCCGGCCGCCACGAUCGAGAGUCGCACUACUACCACCAUAAUCCCCAUUACUACAACGACUCGCUGUCCGAGCUUGCUAGGCCUCCAGGCCGCGACGUCGAACUCCUAGCCGAGGCUAAGAUCACGGCUUGUGCGACGGCCGAAUGA